AUGUCUAAAUUAUCCCGGCUCCACGAGCUGCUGAUUGUAAGACGAGCCGAUCAAGAUGGUGUCGCUCGCCCCGUGAACAUGCUCGACAAUGAUUCCAUCCGACCGACCUCACUGAAGGAUCGCACAUGGACGCAACUGACCUAUAUAAUGUUUUGGUUCUCGGCAACCGCAAAUGUCAGUAACUUAUAUACAGCCUCCACGGGUAUGGCCAUGGGGCUCACCAUGUGGGAAGCAAUUGGGUGUUCCUUUGGGGGGCAGAUCUUGGCCGGGUGCUUGAUGGCCCUCAACGGGCGGGGCGGGGCGAUGUAUCGCGUUCCGUUCCCGGUGCUUUGCCGCUCCAGCUUUGGGACUUGGGGGGCCUUGUGGCCUACGUUCAACCGCGCGGUGAUGUCGAUUGUAUGGAAUGGGGUCAAUUCGGUCCAAGGUGCCCAGUGCCUGUAUGUUUUUCUACAUGCCAUAUUCCCCUCGAUUGAAAAUAUCCCCGAUAAAAUGGGAUCGAAGUCGGCCCUCACAUCAGCGCAGAUGAUGUGCUUUUUUGUCUAUUGGCUCAUCAAUUGCGCAUUCCUGGUUGUACCAGUCCCAAAGAUGAAGUCGUUGGUGUAUGCCAAAGUUGCAGUCUACUUUGCUGCAGCUUUCGCUAUGGUUGGAUGGACAGUUUCCCUUGCUGGAGGCUCUUUGAAAUCACUCAAUGCUCCUUCAGCCAUCCAGGGCACCGAGAAGAGCUACCUCAUCUUUAAAUUCCUAUUCUUAGGACUUGCCAGUUGUGGAACUUUUAUUUCAAAUGCCGCCGAUCUUCAGCGUUAUGCGAGGAAGCCAAAUGAUGUUCUCAUCGGUCAAAUUAUCGGCUUUCCGUUAUCCAACUUCCUCAUUGCUAUCUUGGGGAAUCUCAUCGCAUCUGCCAGCAAAGCCAUCUUCGGAGAGCUCAUAUGGAGCCCGCUGGUCUUCCUGGACAAAUUGAUGGAAGGAGAGCGAUACACUUCCGGCAACCGAGCUGCCUGUGCCUUCAUUGCCUUGGCAUUUGUCUAUUCGACAGUCUUCUCGGCCAUUUUCGAAAACUCCAUUCCAGCUGGAAAUGACAUUGCAGCCCUGGUGCCAAAAUACAUUUCUAUCAAACGAGGGUUUUUCAUCUGCGCAGUUUUCUCAUACGCCAUCUGCCCAUGGUAUUUGCUGUCAUCGGCAUCCAUAUUCAUCACUUUCCUCUCCUCUUACCAGAUCUUCUUAUCCGCAAUCACUGGUAUUCUCAUCUGUGACUACUACCUCAUCCGCCGUGGCCUGCUCAAUGUCCCAGCACUGUACGUUUCAAAUCCAACUCCCUAUCGGUUCCUCGGCGGCUUCAACUCCCGCGCCUUCAUUGCAUACGUUGUCGCCAUCGCGCCAAACUUUUAUGGGUUCCUGCAUCAAAUGGGUGUCAAAGCACCCAAGGGAAUUGAGCGAUUCUAUUACAUUGCUUACCCUACUGGUUUGAUCAUUGGGUUUGUAGUCUACUAUCUGAGCUGUUUGGCUUCCAAUCCACCUGAUAUGCACAAGGGAUCUGGUUGGAUGGAGCCUAAGGACUACGUGGAAGAUAAUGAUUUGGUCGCAAAUCACGGUUUGUCCAUUGAUGCUAUAGAUGUGACACCGGGCCUUGCUGAGAAGGGAGACUUCUCAAUCACCGAGUCGUCUCCCGGGAAGAAAGGUUCUUUUUCAUGA